GAUUUUUAAAAUGAGAACACAUGCUGCUUGCUUUGUGCUGUUGAGAUGAUGAUGUUACCUUUGUAUAAAAAAAUAAGCAUUUGAAUACAUCUGUGCCUCCUGUAUGGUAUGCAGAAAUGAAAUGAUAGAACAGAACUUGUAUGUAAGCCAGCAUUUAGGUAUGGACACACAUUUAGCUGCCUUCUGUCCUUGCAGAGGUCAUGGAAGAAGUGACAUCGUGCUCCUUCAACAGUCCUCUGUUCCAGCAGGAAGACAAGAGAGGGAUCACCUACCGGAUCCCAGCCCUGCUCUACAUCCCCGCUGCCCGAACCUUUCUGGCCUUUGCAGAGAAGCGCUCCACGUGCAGGGAUGAGGAUGCUCUCCACCUGGUGCUGAGGCGAGGGUUGAGGACUGGGCACUUAGUACAGUGGGGGCCCCUGGAGUCACUGAUGACAGCCACAUUACCUGGGCACCGGACUAUGAAUCCCUGUCCUGUGUGGGAGAGGAAGAGUGGCCGUGUGUACCUGUUCUUCAUCUGUGUGCGGGACCAUGUCACCGAGCGGCAACAGAUUGUGUCAGGCAGGAAUGCCGCCCGCCUGUGCUUCAUUUUCAGUCAGGAUGCUGGCUGCUCAUGGAGCGAGGUGAGGGACCUGACUGAGGAGGUCAUUGGCCCAGAGAUGAAGCACUGGGCCACAUUUGCUGUGGGCCCAGGUCACGGCAUCCAGCUACAGUCGGGAAGGCUGAUUGUCCCUGCAUACACCUACUACAUCCCUUAUCGGUUGUUUUGCUUCCGGCUUCCAUGUAAAGCCAGACCUCAUUCCCUGAUGAUCUAUAGUGAUGACCUAGGUGUGACAUGGCAUCACGGCAGGCUCAUUAGGCCCAUGGUGACAGUGGAGUGUGAGGUGGCAGAGGUGAUUGGGAAGGCUGGUCACCCUGUGCUGUAUUGCAGUGCCCGGACACCAAAUAGACGCCGGGCAGAGGCUGUCAGCACUGACCAUGGUGAAUGCUUUCAGAGAUCAGCCCUGAGCCAGCAGCUCUGUGAGCCCCCACAUGGCUGCCAAGGCAGUGUGGUGAGUUUCCGGCCCAUGGAGAUCGCACAUGAGUGCCAGGACCCUGGUGGCAAAGAUGCUCCCGUUGGUGAGCAGAGCCCUCCACUAGACAGCUCAUUGAGGCUGGAGCAGGAAACUGGAACACUGUCAGAAUCUUGGCUCUUGUACUCACACCCAACUAAUAAGAAACGGAGGGUCGACCUAGGCAUCUACCUUAACCAAGCCCCCUUGGGGGCUCCCUGCUGGUCCCGUCCCUGGAUCUUGCACUGUGGGCCCUGUGGCUACUCUGAUAUGGCUGCUGUGGACGAGAAGGGCUUGUUUGGGUGCUUGUUUGAAUGUGGAAUCAAGCGGGAGUGUGAGCAGAUUGCCUUCCGCCUGUUUACAGACAGAGAGAUUCUGAGCCACGUGCAGGGGGAACUGCACCAGCCCUAGUAGGAGCCCUGAGCCAGUUCAACACUAAUUGUCUUAGGACCUGACUUCCCAUAGAAAGGAGUGGGAACCAAUGCCAGGACAAUGGAGGCCAAGAUAACAGAAGUUACUGAAGUCUGCAGAGAAUUCAAAAGCUUAGUAUUCUGCUCCCUACCCUGGCACAGGGCCUGGCACAGAGUAUCUACUCCUCCCCGUCCAAAGAGCAAAAUGGGAAAUUUGCCGUAGCUACUGCAGUGGAAAAAACACUGAACUGGGAGUUGGGAGAUCAUGAUGUGAUCCUUCCUCUGCUGCUAACUUGCUUUGUGACCUUGGACACAUCACCUGACCUCUCUGGGUCUCAGAUCUCCAUUUGUAAAAUGAGAGAAUUGCUUCUGUGAUUUUGCUUCUUCCCAUCCCUAGGAGAGGCAGAGUGCCUGGGUGCUCAAUGGUCAGCUAAUCCUGACUUCCUAUAGCACUCUGAUCUCAAAAUGGAAAUGGACUUAUCUUUUCACAUGACUCUCCCUUCAUCCAGGUGUGAGGUUACAAGAGGUGUCAUGGCAGGAAUAAAGAUCUGGAUAAUUUGUUCUAUUUUCAAUAUAUAAAAAAAAAAGAAACCCAGACCCU